AGAUAAGAUGGAAGAAAACAGUGAUGACACAGCAGCUGGAGGGGCGGGGGAACCUGAAACCGAAUCUGUGACUAAGACCAAGGAGCUGCCUGAGCUCACACUUGUGUUACUUGGUGACACAAACUCCAUCGAGAUCGUACCAAAAAACAUCUUACUUGACCAUGAAGACCAAACAAAUGUGGAACAGUUUUCAUCCAAACUGUAUGAUUUCUGUGGUCGGCACAUUGCUGUCAUUAACCUGCUUGGGCUCCAAAAUACUGACAAAAUCUUAUUAAAUGAGGGAAAUCAUGUCUUUCUCUUACUGUUACCAUAUGGCCAGCAUAACAGCCAGUACAGCUCAGCAGUGCAGCAGCUAGAAAAAGCUUUUGGGGAAGGAAUUCUCUCUUAUGUAAUGACAGUUGUGACUCAUGAGCCAGGUGAUAAAUGUGAAAGUGCACUGACAGACCUGAAAACUAACAGCAGUUUUGCUGAAAAAAGGUUCCACACAUGUACCAGAAGCAUGACGGACGCAAACGAGAUUAUAGAUCUGUUAGAAAAAAUAGAUGCCAUGGUCUCUGAAAACAGUCUCCACAGUAGACACGAAGAGCAGAGAGAAUACCUGGACCACAGAUGUGACAAGGAAAAAGGGAUCGGAAAUGGUAACAUGAGCUACGCAGAGUGUGAGUCACUGAAUGGGCCUGGUGUUGCUGAACACUCACAGAAGAAAGAUGACAGCACAGGAGGAAAAGGUGGACACAAGCCUGUAUCAGCUGAAACUGAGGAGAGAGGUAACAUCUCAGAUGUGAUUGGAAGCAAUGAAAAGACUUUGAAUAUUUCUGAGGACAGCAACAGUCAGCAAUUUCAAAGAGAAGCUGAAAAACUACUCAGAAGACUUCAUCUUCAUGACAAUUAUCAACAGAAGAUGUCAACUGCAGACUUUCUUAAAAUAGGUCCUCCUGUGAAACAAAGCCAUGACACAUCAGAGAAAGAUCUAGCUUAUACUUUUCUUCAGAGGUUGAUGAUGUUAGACUACAGAGCCAGAGAUAUUCCUGUGAGACAAGACAAUCCUGAUGUGAGCUGUUCACAGUCUGUUCCAGUGUCUGACAGUGAUGACUUUGAUGAUCUAUUUAGGGACAGUGCAGACUCUGAUAAAUCAAAAGAGUCUCAUGUGCAUCCAAUGGAUGUUCAGAUGGCAGUAUUUCACUGCUCAGACAGUUUCCUGAAGCAGAACAUGGUUACAAAGCUGUCACAGUGUCAGUACGCCUUACCUUUGCUUGUUCCUGACCUAGUCACAAUGGAUAUUGAAUGUCCUCUGUGGACAUUCAGGCAGAUAACAAAAACAUGGAAGAAAACUCAAAUCAAGGAUAAUUCAAAUGUUGUCACCAUGAAGAGUAUGCCAAUCUGCAAAGCUGAGACAUCCAUGGUGUCAUUCUUCCGCCUGGGUUCACUGUCAGUGUCUAAAUCUCAGCUCAUGAACAGUUUGAUCAACGACCGUCACAGCACCUUCUUCCACAGGAACUGCAAAGGUAGCACCAAAUCUCGCCAUCUGAUGGAUGGUGUGGCAGAGAUUGCCUGGUACUGCCCAGCUGGAGAACCCAAUGACUCCUUCACUGACUGCAUUGCCUUCUGUAAUCUUCAUGGUGAUGCUCUGUUGAUUGAAAAACAGCGUGAGAUACUGACUGAAAAAUCUUCAAUCAAUAUUGUUCUUGUGCCAACUCUGGAAAAAGGCCAGAAAAAUACUACAGUCAUCCAAGCUCUUUACAAGUCACCAAAGCCUCUCAUUAUUCUCACUGCUGAUAGUGAUCGUGGUGUAGUUCAGGUGAAAGAUGGAAAAUACAAAAUGGGUCUGAAAGACAGAAACCAGUCAGAUGUUUCUGAAGAACUUAAAGGAAUCAUUAGAAAGGUUUUAUCUGGACCUCAUGCAUCCUUCCAGCUUGAAUCCAUGGCCAAGGUCUCUGGAAUCAGAGUGGAUGAAGAUGAUGCAGUUUGCCUAAGAGGGAAAUCUGCUGCAGUGCAAACAGUUAAUAUGCUUCAAUGGAUGGGAGUUUCAAAGAUCAAAGAUAAAUUUCUCCCUUGCCAAGGUGAUCUGUGGCUUGAGUGGUGCAAAAUAAAUAAAGAACUGUAUCACCUUAAAGGAAACAUUGAGAAGGACAAAAGUCAGAAAGAACAACAACUGAUGAAAAUACGACAAGAUCAAUGCAAAGAUUCAAAUAGUGAGCUGAUGAAGUCAUUCACUAAAAGGCUCUUGUCUUUGCCACCAAAAGAGAAAGAGUACUUCCUGAAAUGGACUCAGAUCUUAAUAGAUGCCCUAUCUACAGAUGAUCUCUCUUCAAUUCUCCAAAGCUAUGAUAAAAAGUGGACUGAGGUCUUGACUCUGAAGAAGAAACAUGACAAAUCUGCUCUGUUAACAAGCAAACAAACUGAGCUUGAGGAAAUAUCCAAAAAACUGCAGUCAGCAACCUUUGGCUUGGAGCACAUCUUCAGAGAAAUGGGACAGAUCUAUGAAGCCCAUAAAGCAGUAAAACCAAAGAGCAGAUUUACUGACUGGGCUAAAUACCCUGAAUUGGCUGCAGAUCUGAUGAUAUCAGGACACCCAGUGGAGCUGAUGGACGGUGAUGCAGGUCAGGUUCCUUUAACAUGGAUCUCUGGUAUUUUAGAUGAAGUUAUCAAGAAACUAGGUGACCAGAGAGUUUUUGUGUUGUCUGUUUUGGGCCUACAAAGCAGCGGAAAAUCAACAAUGCUGAAUGCCAUGUUUGGAUUGCAGUUUGCAGUGAGUGCUGGCAGGUGCACCAAAGGUGCGUUCAUGCAGCUGGUCAAAGUGUCAGAAGAACUCAGAAAAGUCUUCCAGUUUGAAUAUGUUCUAGUGGUGGACACUGAAGGACUACGUGCUCUUGAGCUGGCAGGAAAUGCUACUCUUCAUCACGACAACGAACUGGCAACAUUUGUUGUUGGCCUGGGAAACUUGACACUGAUUAACAUCUUUGGUGAGAAUCCAGCUGAUAUGCAAGAUGUCCUGCAGAUUGUUGUUCAGGCUUUCAUGAGGAUGAAGAAAGUUAAACUUUCUCCGAGUUGUGUGUUUGUUCACCAGAAUGUUACAGAUAUUGCAGCAACUGAGCAAAACAUGGACGGGAAAAGACGCCUGCAAGAAAAGCUGGACCAGAUGGCUCAGCUAGCUGCCAAAGAAGAGUCAUGUGAUGCUGAGUGCUUCAGUGAUGUCAUUGCCUUUGACGUACAGAAAGAUGUGAAAUACUUUGCCCAGUUAUGGGAGGGAAGUCCACCAAUGGCUCCUCCAAAUCCAGGCUACAGUAAGAGCAUCCAAGAGCUGAAGAACAUCAUCCUGUCUAAGGCUAAACAGUCUGCUGGGAUCAAACUCUCACAUUUCAAAAUCAAAAUUCACAACCUGUGGAAUGCCCUGAUGAACGAACAAUUUGUUUUCAGCUUUAAAAACACACUGGAAAUUGCAGUUUACAGAAGACUUGAGGUUCAAUAUGGGAACUGGACCUGGGCCCUGAGGAGCAACAUGCUGACCAUUGAAAAUCAUCUUCAUACCAGAAUUGAAAAUGGAAACCUUGACAGGGUUGGGCAUAGUGAUCUUUUCAAAAGAAUAAGCAAAAAAUAUAAGGAAGUACAAAAAAAUAUGACAAAGUACUUUGAGGAUGACAAAGAAAUGUUAGUUCAAUGGAAAGGCCGAUUUGAAAACAAAAUAAAGGAGUUUCAAGAGGAACUGGUGAGAGGAGUGGAAAGAAAACUGGAUGAAGUUAUCCAGCAGAAGAAAACUUGUAAAAAGCUGGAUGAGAAGAAGCCAGAGUUUGAGAACAAGCUGCUGCAAAAGAGCAAAGAACUCGCUCAUCAAUUAAAAGACAAAGCAAAAGAUGAAGAUGAACUUAAAACACAGUUCAACAGUGUUUGGAGUCACUGGGUUAAAGACUUAACUGCAGAUACACAACCCAUCAAAGAUAUCAAUCUGGAUGAUGAUCAGGCAAAUAUUCUUCAUGACCUUGGUUUUGAAUGGGGUCUUAUUAUUGAAUCCAAAAACAAUGGAAGGUACAAAAUGAUAUGUCAGGAUGGUGAUUACUCUAACUAUGUAGUCCUCCGCAAGCAGCAAAACACAGCAGGGCAGAACAUAGUCAACCAAGUGGUUACAUUGAUUGUAGAUGCUGGCAAAAAAGUAGUAAAUCAAUUUAGGGGACCUUUGGAGUAUGAGGACCAGGAACUGAUCAGAUCACUAAUAAAUGAUGUUGAGAAACAGUCUCUUGAUGAAAUUAGGAAGAAACCUGUAGCAACAAGAGGCUACAGUUCAGCUUACUUACAAGAAGUGGCCCAAAAAGUUCAGGUGACAGUGACAGAGUUUGAAAAAUACAAGAAAUAUGCUUUCAAGAAGGAGUUCACAGUUAAUCUGUUACUAUAUGUGUUUGAGUGGGCAAGCAGUUGGCUUUCACAGUCUCAUAAAACGUUUGCAGUGAAAAACGAUGCACGCACUUACUUGGAAACCAAGAGAACACAAUAUUUCAACAUUUUCAGAAGCUUCUGCAAAGGAAGCUCGUCUGCUGUUGUGUUUGGAGAAAUGAUCUGUGGAAAACUGAAGGUUUCCACUGUUGAGGCUGUCUGUAACCAGACUGCCAUUGAUCUUGCUGGAGAGAUGAAGUGCAGUUACCCUGUGUUCAAUGAGAACAGACUGAAUUUAGAGAAACACUUGUUGAAGUCGCUUGCCGAGAAAGAGGACUUUGAUGCUUUCAUCACCUACAUCCAAAAUCCAAGGAAGCAAGUAGAGGCUUUUAUAAAAGAGAAUGUGAAUGCUUUCAUGUCUGGAGAACACAAAGUUAAAGCAAUGAAUAUACUUUGGAAAAAUGUGGCCAAAAUUAAGGAGGUUGUCCAUCAAGCUUUAUUUAAUGCAGUCGAAGAAGUCAAAAGCCAGAGUGGAGACAUAGACAUGUGGGCAGGGAGGUUUUCCAGUUUCCUCAAUAAUAAACUGACUCUUGAUGCCAUCUCCUGUCAAAACUUCAAGGACAUAAACAAUUUUGACUUUCUUAAAGAAGAGAUUGAGAAAGGCCUUGAAUCCAUUACAAAGGAGAUGAAGCAGCUUUCUCUGGAUAAGAUGAAUGAAUUCAGACUGAGACCUGAUCAAAUCCUCAUCGAUCAGCUGUGUGACUGCUGCUGGGAAAAGUGUCCGUUCUGUGCAGCUGUUUGUACCAACACUAUCAAAGAUCACGUGAAUAAGCACAAGAUAGAUCACAGCUGUCCCUUUCAUCGUUCUCAAGCAGUCAAUGGUUGGCACUACAAAUACACUGAGGAAAUGUGUGUUGAGUUCUGCACAACAAAAGUUGCAAGUGACGGCCUAUUUUACCCAGAUGGAGUUUCAACAGAGCUCUUUUUUUAUAAAGAGUACAGAAAAGCUGGGCCAAGGUUUGCUGACUGGAGUAUUACACCUGAUAAGUAUAGGUCAAAGUAUUGGACAUGGUUUGUUUAUCGAUUUCAAAAGGACCUGGAAAACUACUAUAAGUUAAAAUUCACAAUGGAUCGUGAGAUUCUUGAAGGUUGGAAAGCAGAUCAGGACGAGGCUAUUCAAAGUCUAGAUGAAAUGUACAAACUGUGAGUGAGCCAACAUAGUUUCAACUCUGCUGAAAAUGACAACAGCUGUUUUCAUGUAAUCAUUCGCAAAUCAAAUAACAGUCACAUUUAUUACUCAUUUAAACAUUUGAAUGUGGAGAAUCAAUAGGUGAAUACACUGGUAAACAGAAAGCUGCUUUAAUGAACACUCACACAGGAGAGCUCAUGGGAACAAUAAUCAUUUUGAGAAUGCAGUGAGAAAUAAAAGCAAACAUGUUAAUGUUAAUAUUAUGGUAUCAUCAACAAAGUUUAUGAUUAGGAAACAAUGUUUUGCAUUUAAGGAAAAGACAAGAAGGAUGCUUUUCAGUGUUAGAAAUGAUUAAAUUGUUGCAUGUAAGGAUGAUGAUAUAUUUUAUUAAUUUAUAAUGU